AUUAGCAAGUAGCAACUUCCGGUAGCUUGAAGCUUAAAAUUAAAAUCCUCCACAAUCACAAUUCACAAGUCCCGCGCUCAAAAAAAGACUUCAGAAUCACAGUCGUUCGAGCUCCUCUCUUCCUGCUCCUUCGCCGGUCCUCUCUCACUCUCACCGUCCUCCUUCCUCCGUCUUGCCGUAGGUUCCAGCAACAAUGGAGGAGCCACAAAACGGGAACUCAAACGACCACUCGGAGGCCCCGCCGGAGACCGAGCAGCCUGCCGUCGGCCCUGCACCGCCUCCUAAGGCUCGCACCAAGCGUCCACUCCAGUUCGAGCAUGCCUACCUCGACGCCCUUCCCUCUGCAAAUAUGAGUUAUCUUUCACUGUUGUUACAUUCGAGUAGAGCAGGAGAUGCUCGUAACAGGUAUGAGAAAAGUUAUAUGCAUCGAGAUGUGGUGACGCACGUUGCUGUUUCAGCAGCAGAUUUUUUCAUCACUGGAAGUCUUGAUGGUAUUGCUUUUGAUUGUAUAUGCGAAGGACACUUGAAAUUCUGGAAGAAAAAAUCAAUUGGUAUUGAGUUUGCAAAACAUUUCAGAUCCCAUCUUGGUCCCAUAGAAGGCUUAGCGGUUAGCAUUGAUGGUCUGCUUUGUUGCACGAUAUCAAGUGAUCAAUCCGUCAAGAUCUAUGAUGUGGUGAAUUAUGACAUGAUGGUCAUGCUUAGCUUGCCAUAUCUUCCUGGGAGUGUUGAGUGGGUUUAUGAACAAGGAGAUGUGAAAGCCAAGCUUGCAAUCAGUGAUCGAAACUCCUCUUUUGUUCACAUUUAUGAUGCACGAGCGGGUACAAAUGAACCUAUUAUCUCAAGAGAGAUUCACAUGGGGCCAGUCAAAGUUAUGAAGUACAACCCAGCUUUCGAUACUGUGAUAUCUGCUGAUAUGAAGGGAAUAAUUGAAUAUUGGAGUCCUUCUACACUUCAGUUUCCAGAGGAUGAGGUGAAUUUUAAAUUAAAAAGUGAUACUAACUUAUUCGAAAUCGUGAAAUGCAAGACGAGUGUUUCAGCUAUUGAGGUCAGCCCCGAUGGUAAGCAGUUCUCAAUUACAUCACCUGAUCGCAGGAUACGAGUAUUUUGGUUCAGAACGGGCAAACUAAGACGAGUUUAUGAUGAAUCUCUUGAGGUGGCUCAAGACCUACAAAGGAGUGAUGCUCCUUUGUACCGACUAGAGGCCAUUGAUUUUGGACGAAGGAUGGCUGUUGAGAAAGAAUUUGAGAAAACAGAAACUGCAACUCAGCCAAAUGCUGUUUUUGAUGAAAGUUCCAAUUUUAUCAUAUAUGCGACACUUCUGGGAAUAAAAAUAGUAAAUCUGCACACGAACAAAGUGGCCCGAAUCCUCGGAAAGGUGGAGAACAACGACAGGUUCUUGCGAAUCGCCUUGUAUCAAGGCGACCGAAGCAAUAAAAAAGUUCGAAAAAUUCCCACAGCAGCAGCUAAUGCAAAUGAGAGCAAAGAGCCAUUAACUGACCCUACUCUUUUAUGUUGUGCCUUCAAGAAGCACAGGAUUUAUUUAUUCAGCCGGAGAGAGCCAGAAGAGCCCGAGGAUGCAACUAAGGGUAGGGAUGUUUUCAAUGAGAAGCCUCCAGCAGAUGAACUCUUGGCUGUUUCAGAACUAGGAAAGGCUGCGGCAUCAUCACUCCCUGAGAAUGUGAUUCUGAACACUACAAUGGGUGACAUUCAUAUGAGACUCUACCCUGAAGAGUGUCCGAAAACUGCGGAGAACUUCACGACACACUGCCGGAAUGGUUAUUACGAUAAUUUGAUAUUCCAUCGUGUCAUCAAAGGGUUCAUGAUACAGACGGGAGAUCCUUUGGGAGAUGGCACAGGUGGGCAGUCCAUUUGGGGAAGGGAGUUCGAGGAUGAAUUUCACAAAAGCUUACGUCAUGAUAGGCCUUUCACAGUAUCUAUGGCAAAUGCAGGGCCAAAUACCAACGGUUCUCAGUUUUUCAUCACCACAGUAGCUACACCGUGGCUGGAUAGUAAACAUACUGUAUUCGGCAGAGUUGUUAAAGGAAUGGAUGUUGUCCAGGGUAUUGAGAAGGUGAAGACUGACAAGGGCGACAGGCCAUACCAAGAUGUGAAAAUUUUGAAUGUUACUGUUCCAAAAAACUAACAUCACCCCCCAUAACGGAGACUUCCUUUAGAAGUGGUGUGCGUUUGUCAAGAAUCUUGUGUCCCAAGUAAGCGGGUCAAUCUCAUCAUCCACUUCGAAUUGCUUGUCCACUUGAAUGUGGUCUGUAGGCCAUCAGUUAUAGUUUCAGGGUAGUGGUAGGAACUCUUGAUUCUGGAAAUGUCUCGCUGUUCAUAAGGUUCUAAAGUUGUUGUUUUUUCGCUGUUGCAGAUCGCAGCAUGGUAGCUUUCAUUGUAAGCUUCCAAUCGAUACUGUAUCCCGAGUUGACGCGUAGUCCUGAGUUCAAAAACCUUCUCUUUGGGUUGAGAUGUACCUGUUACUUAUCCACUGGUACUGAUACAGAACCAAGCUGCAAACACUUUUAUAAGCAUCUUUCCAUUUUUAUUAUAGAUUUAUCGUGAACAUUGAAUUCGUGAACAAACUAUAGGUAUAGGACACCCUAUAUCUUACUAUAUGG